AUGGAGAUGGAAGGUAGACUGGAUAUCAAUGACGACAGCGAGUCAUACAGAGGCAGCAUGUGGGAUUCGGAGCAGAAGCUUGAUCAACCCAUGGAUGAAGAAGCUGGAAAGCUCAAAACUAUAUACAGAGAAAAGAAAUUCUUAGCAAUUCUGCUUCUUCGGCUAGCAUUCCAAAGUCUUGGAGUUGUUUAUGGAGACUUAGGCACAUCUCCAUUGUAUGUGUUCUACAAUACUUUCCCCAAGGGAAUCUAUGAUCCAGAGGAUGUAAUUGGAGCUCUUUCCUUGAUAAUAUACUCUCUUACUCUGGUCCCUCUCCUCAAGUAUGUGUUCAUUGUGUGCAAAGCAAAUGACAAUGGUCAAGUUCUUUCUGCUGCUGGCGGGAUCAAGGUGAACAAGCCAGGAAUUAGUGGGGGGGGAGGUAGAGACGGGUUUAUGUCCCUUGGAGGGAUCAUGCUUAGUAUUACAGGCACUGAGGCACUUUUUGCUGAUCUAGCCCAUUUCCCUGUUUCGGCCAUUCGACUUGCUUUCACAGCAGUAGUUUUCCCUUGCCUUCUUCUUGCAUAUUCUGGCCAAGCUGCUUAUCUUGUCAAAAACAAGGAACAUGUGGUCGAUGCAUUUUACUGCUCUAUCCCAGCUGCUGUGGUUGCAAGCCAAGCCACAAUCUCUGCAACGUUCUCGAUAAUCAAGCUGGCACAUGCUCACGGCUGCUUCCCAAGAGUGAAAGUUGUGCAUACAUCCAAGAAAUUCCUAGGACAGAUAUACGUCCCCGAUAUCAAUUGGAUCCUUAUGAUUCUGUGCAUCUGUGUCACCGCAGGAUUUAAGAACCAAAGCCAAAUCGGAAAUGCUUAUGGUCAGGACGGCGGUGGUAAUAGGCAUGCUGGUGACCACCCUCCUGAUGGUCCUGAUAAUGAUCCUUGUGUGGCACUGCCACUGGAUCCUUGUUGUGCUCUUCACCGGCUUAUCCCUUGCGGUGGAAUGCACCUACUUGUCAUCGCGGGUGCCUUCCUCAUCGUCAUGCACGUCCGGCAUUAUGGCACACUCAAACGGUACGAGUUUGAAAUGCACAGUAAGGUCUCGAUGGCGUGGAUCAUAGGGCUUGGCCCCAGUUUGGGCUUGGUGAGGGUCCCAGGGAUCGGCCUGGUCUACACCGAACUCGCCAGUGGUAUCCCCCACAUCUUCUCGCAUUUCAUCACUAAUCUUCCUGCCAUCCACUCCGUUGUGGUUUUCGUCUGCGUCAAGUAUCUCCCUGUCGACACGGUCUCUGAAGAAGAGCGGUUUCUGGUCAAGAGGAUCGGCUCUAAGAAAUUCAGAAUGUUUAGGUGUGUGGCCAGGUAUGGCUACAAGGACCUUCAUAAUAAAGAAGAAGAAUUUGAGAAGAAGCUGUUUGACAGUCUCUUCCUCUUUGUCCGGCUCGAGUCCAUGAUGGACGGGUGCUCGGACUCCGAUGAGUACAGCUUGUACGGACAGCAAACGCAACACUCGAGGGAUGGACUGCUGAACGAGAAUGGGAACACGAUAGGGUCGGUGGUGGAUUCGACGAUGUCUUCCAUCGACUCGAUCAUGCCGGUGAAGCCUUCAGUGACGACGACUGUGGGGUCGUCGGGCCAGACGAGCAGCCAGACGGAAGUGGACGAGGUGGAGUUCUUGCAGAGCUGUCGGGACGCUGGGUUGUACAUAUCUUGGGGAACACGGUGGUGA